GACUAAAAUUCAACAUAAUUAUACAUUUGUUGUUAGUAACAGUAGUAUCGUCAGAUAUCUCGUGAUCAGUUAGUUAUACCAUUCUUUCGUCUAUAUACCCCUUUGGUAAAUUUUGUUGCAUUGCAUUCACGUAACUGUGCAACGCUUCUAACACUGAAUUGAUAAUAAUAAAAAAAAUUUUGGUGAUAGUUUGUUUUGGUGGAAAACUACUGUGGAUAAUCAACAGCUCACUAUCGCUAAAGUGAGACAACUAACCAGAACGAAGUUGUUCAUUGACGAAAAAGUCGUGCUCGUCGAUCUCACGCAUUAACUCGCGCGAUUCAUAAUAUGUACAUUCAAAUUCAUAUAUCUCGGUGGCUCAUUGCUAUUCAGCUUAUAGCGUAUUCAUCGCUAGCAUACGGAUUCAAUUGGGGAUUUUCCAAGUCUGUUUAUAGUAAGGGAGAUACAGUUGACUUACUACUUAAUAAAAUAGAAUCAGAUAAUACUCAAUUACCGUAUUCAUAUUAUAAUUUACCAUUUGUAUGUCCGCCAGGACUGAAUGCUCGUGCAAGACAUUUAUCACUUGGAGAAAUCUUAAGAGGUGAUCGAAUUUGGGAAUCCAAUUAUGAAUUACGAUUUGGUGUUGAUAUGCCAUGUAUGAGAUUAUGUGAUUUAAUAUCUCGUGAAACUGGUUUACAACGUGCUGAUAGUCUUAUUAGGAAAGGAUAUGUUGUUCAUUGGACAAUUGAUUCCUUACCUGGAGCUACUACUUUUGUUUCCAAUAAUAAGAAUAAGAAAUAUUAUGCUGCUGGAUUCCCAUUGGGAUUCGUAGAUAGUAAUAUGGCUUAUAUAUAUAAUCAUGUCAUGAUGGUAAUUAGAUAUCAUUCUGAAGGUAAUGGGAAAUAUUCAAUUGUAGGAUUUGAAGUAUACCCUAAAUCAGUUAGUAAUGAACAAUGUCCUGGUUCAUCAAAGGAUUAUGAAAAUUUUGCUAUAUCGGUUAAAAAGAAUAAAGGAGGAGAAUUACAAAAACAAAAAGUUAUAAUUCCUUAUACUUAUUCAGUAUAUUGGAGAGAAGAUAAUUCAAUUGAUUAUGAUUCAAGGUGGGAUUUAUAUUAUGAAAAUGAAUCAAAUAAUAAAAAUCAUCAUAUUCAUUGGUUAUCAUUCACAAAUUCAGUAGUAUUAUUGUUUUUAUUGACAUUAAUUGCUACCCUUGUCCUUUUAAGAACACUUAAGAAAGAUUUAUCAUCAUCUCUGUCUACUGGAAGUGCUGAAGAACCAGCCAAUUGGAAAUCUCUUAUAUCGGAGAUUUAUAAAUCUCCAUCAUAUGUUAUUCCCUUAACUACUUUAGUAGCAGCAGGAAUUCAAGUUGUGGUGGCAUUGAUUGGAGUUAUUGUAAUAUUUGUUAUUAAUUCUAAAUUCUUUAUCCCAGGAGCCAAAAGUUCUAGUACAUUCUUUAAUAAUCAUGAAGGUGCCGUAAUCUCAAUCUCCAUAUUCUUCUUUGUCAUUUCAGGAUUUGUUAGUUCAUAUGCUGGUAUUAUCCUUUAUAAAUUUUUAAAGAAUGAUAAUAUUAAUCAUGAAUAUCCAUUACCAGCAGUUACUAAAUUGUCAUUAUUAUUCGGAAGUUUCUUACCGACAUUUAUAUUGACAGUAGUAUUCUUUUUAAACUUUUUUGUAUGGGCUAAAGAAUCAUCAUCUGCUAUUCCAUUUGGAACCAUAGUGGUUCUAUUAUUAUUAUUCUUUAUUAUUGAAUGUCCCUUAGGUAUAAUCGGAGGGAUUAUUGGUAAUAAAAGAAAAUUUUCACCUCAAUCAUUCCUCAUUAAUCAACGAAUUUCAACUAAAGAGAAUCCUUCUAAUAUACUUGGAGGUAAACCAAUCAGAAAAUUACAUCGUUAUAAUUCAUGGUUAUUUAGUCCAUUACCUAGUGUAUUAGUAUUUGGAUUAAUACCAUUUGGUGUAGUAUUUGUUGAAUUAUUAUUCAUAUUUAAUAGUGUAUGGUUAGAAAAGACUACAUUUUAUUAUAUGUAUGGAUUCUUAUUCAUAACUACUAUGAUUCUUAUAAUAAUUAUUGCUGAAUCAACAAUUAUUGCCAUAUAUAUAUCCCUUUCAGUAUAUAAUAAUCCAAAUUGGCAAUGGCUUAGUUUCCGAGUAGGAUCAAGUAUAGGAUGGUAUAUUAUGGCUUAUACAGUAUACUAUUUUACAUUCUAUUUAAAUGUUAAAGAUUUUGUUAGUAGUUUAUUAUACUUUAGUUAUAUGGGAUUAGCCUGUUUCCUUAUCUGUUUAGGAUUUGGAUCAAUAGGAUUAUUCACCGGAUUGAUUUUUGUUAGAAAAAUCUUUGGAACUAUUAAGGCUGAUUAAAAGAAAAGUCAGUCUUAAUAUCUGCAUUAUUAUUAUUAUUAUUAUUAUAUAUAUACAUAUACAUAUACA